GCUUGAUCGGACAGCGCAAAAAAGCUUUGAUCCUCCAUAACAACAAUGGACCCGAUCCCAUCAUACAAACACCAAUUUUGUUCACAAAGAAGCGAAUCGUAUAAACGAGAAUCGGUCUCGAGUUGAAAGUUCGUCUCUCUUCUUCUUCUUCUUCCUCUCGAAACCUUGUAGUAACCGCGUAGGAAAUGGGGAAUACGUACUGCAUCCUGGGAGGUUGUAUUGAUCAAGCGAGCGUCGGUGUAGUCGAACGUUGGGGCCGAUUCGAGCAUAUAGCGGAGCCUGGAUGUCAUUUCUUCAACCCUCUCGCCGGUCAGUGGCUCGCCGGAGUCCUCUCCACCAGGAUCAACUCUCUCGAUGUCAAAAUCGAGACCAAAACUAAGAGGAUUAUAAAUUUCAAUUUCGAAUUUAGUCUUGAUAAUGUAUUUGUGCAGCUGGUUUGCUCGAUUCAGUAUCGUGUAGUGAAAGCUAGUGCUGAUGAUGCGUUCUAUGAGCUACAAAACCCAAGAGAGCAGAUCCAAGCCUAUGUUUUUGAUGUGGUCAGAGCUUUGGUGCCAAUGAUGACGCUAGACGCUCUUUUUGAACAAAAGGGAGAAGUUGCCAAGUCUGUUCUUGAGGAACUCGAGAAGGUGAUGGGGGCUUAUGGAUACAGCAUUGAACACAUUCUAAUGGUUGAUAUUCUUCCGGAUCCUUCUGUACGCAAGGCGAUGAACGAAAUCAAUGCAGCACAAAGGCUCCAGCUCGCGAGUGUGUACAAAGGAGAAGCAGAGAAGAUUCUCCAAGUGAAGAGAGCGGAAGCAGAGGCGGAAUCAAAGUACUUAGGCGGUGUCGGUGUGGCUAGACAGAGGCAAGCGAUUACGGACGGAUUGAGAGAGAACAUAAUGAACUUCUCUAGCAAAGUAGAAGGCACAUCGGCUAAAGAAGUGAUGGACUUGAUCAUGAUCACACAGUACUUCGACACCAUGAGGGACCUUGGGAACUCGUCGAAGAACACGACCGUGUUUCUCCCGCACGGUCCGGGUCACGUGAGGGACAUCAGCGACCAGAUACGCAACGGUUUGAUGGAAGCGGCGAGUGCUCAUGUCAGCGACGUCUAAAUGGGUUGAUUCACUUUGGGUUGUGAAUUGAAUCUGUUGGUUUUGCUUUCUUUGAUUAUGGUUUAUAUUAUGUUUUUCGAAUUUGGCUUUUUUUAUGCUGUUUUUUUAGUGAUAUUUUGUAUUAUGGUAUUGUAUAUAAUAACCCCAAAGCACUUGAACUUAUCGGGAAGAACAUCCAGAGAGCUUGAGCAGAAGCGCGCCAUUUUUGGCUUUUGAUUCUUCGUAUACCAUAAAGGAAUAACAUUAUUAGUAGAAGAAUUUCUCUUUCACAAUUGGUAGAUUUAUAUAUGUUAAACUCAGUAGUUUGAUAUCUAAAUUCGAAUCCAUAUCCAAUGAAUGUUUUUUGUUUGUUUAGUAACUCGG